CGGGACUCCACGAGAGAAGCAGGGCCUAUACUUUCAAAAAAAGUUAAGAGAUCUGCAUUGAAUGAUUUGGAAGCAUUGGUGGUUGCUGCUCUGCGCUCUGCCACUGAGCAAGAGCGACGAUGAAGCAAUUUUUUUCUCACGACACUGCAGCGUCGCUGGCGCUGACGUGGUCUGCUCCUGCCAUGGUAACCCUGAGCUCACGAUCCACGGCCUACAAUCCUGGCUGCCGGAGGGCUGCUCGACCUUAACGAUCACGGAUUGUCGUCAGUCGCGAGUUCGUUUUGCGGGUUCAGGCGAAGAAACAAUUAUUCAUCACUUACAGCAAAUGACGUUUAGUGAUAUACACGAGCUUAUCAUUGAUAAAAGCAGCGUAGAUUUUGACGUGCGUCACUCGGGAGUGUUUAUCAUGACCGUGCUUCGCGUGACGCAGCUCAAGCUGACAAGAGGAUCCAUCCGUCUCUCUGGCGCCGCCAGCGCUGUCGUCUUCAGCGAUGUGUGGUCGACAGCCCUGCCAUCUUUCUCCAUAGAGUCAACAAGCCUGAAACUCCUCAGACUAAACGGGGUGAGGUUCACGGGGUUGGUUGCUGCCUCCGCUGUCAUCUUGCAGUCACCGGGAGCGGUUGUGGAGGUCAUAGAAGUGGACGGUCAUGUUGGCUUCCAAGCCGGCUGGGUGCAUGGAAGAAUUUCUAGCCUCGUAAUCAGACGCAGCAAACUAGCACUCUAUCCUGGAGCUUUCAACAGACUCAACUUUGCCGAUAUCUUCGUCCAGUCAAUCAGCCUGCAUGAUAACGUCUUUUGGUUCCACGAAAACGUCAUUUUGGGGCCCAACUUAUCAAAAGAACACGAAGAAAGCAACAUGUGGGUGAAUGCGAGUGGGAACACAAUAUCGUGUUCGACUCAUUCUUCGGUGGCAUAUCAUGGAACCAUCCUGUAG